AUGCAGAUUGUUUCUACAAAUAUUUGUGAAAGACUGUGCAACAAGUGCAUCUGUGAAAUUUCCUUACUACUAAAUAUUCCAUGGUCAACAGUUAGUGAUAUUAUAACAAAGUGGAAGCAACUGGGAAAAACAGCAACUCAGCCACAAAGUGGCAGGCCACGUAAAAUGACAGAGUGGAUUCAGCACAAGCUGAAGUGCGCAGUGCACAGUUUUGUAGAAGUCGCCAACUGUCUGCAAAGUCAAUAGCUAAAGACCUCCAAACUUCAUGUGGCCUUCAGAUUAGCACAACAACAGCAUGUAGAGAG